AUGCAAACACCUGUAUAUGCAGUUCUUUUGGGCAUAACAAUUGCUGAAAUGUCAAAUGGCUUGUUGCCUCUACCAAUGUAUCUAUUGAGAGCAUUUUAUGAUGAUUCCAUCUGGUGGGAGAGAAGUAAAUUCUCAAGGUAUAAUUUAACACAAAUAUCUAAAUGGUGGAAGUUUGCACCACCGCAAAUGUACCAAACAAGUUCGAAUCCAACAGCCAGUGGAAUACUUGCAUGGACUACAGUAUUUCUUCCAACCGUUUGUCAUACAACAGCUACAUGGUUGACACUGUUCGUUGCAUUUCAGCGUUUAAUUUAUAUUACAUUUCCAAACAGAGCAUCAAAACUAUUUUCUAUGACGAUUGUACGAUCAGUGUGCUUCAUGGUUUUUCUAUGCGCUCUUGCCUUACAUAUUCCAAUGUUUCAGUCGACUUUUAUUAAAUUUCAACCGCUUCUUCUGCAUCAAAAUCUUACCCUGAGGAAUUAUUCGGUUAAUUUUAAACAGAUUCUAUUGUAUGAAGCACUGGAUCAUGUGCCACAUGUAGUAAUGAAAUGUCAUACAUGUUUACCGAUUCAAAUGUUUCUGUAUUUUUUGUCACGUGUCAUACUGGUGCAUUUAUUGCCUUGUAUAUUAUUAAUAAUAUUAACAAUAAUGAUUAUAAUUAAAAUGCGUCGUAUUCAUGAAAAACAUUUACUGCUCACUAAAGGCAAAACAUUUACACAGGCAUCAAAAGUACCAACAUCAUAUCGGCGAAUUAAGACAUACUCUUUACCAAACUGUCUAAAGCUAGACAUAUCACCUGAAGAUGAUAAAAUUCCUAAAGACAACUUUCUUCACAUCAAUAAUCACGAUCAAAACUAUGAUUACAAGGAUGAUGUAGAAAGUAGGCUUAAUUGUUUCUGUUGUAUUACACCUGAAAAGUCAAAGCCUUUCACGUUAACUAAUGACGGUAGUCGUAAAAUGACUGCUAGCCAGAUCAGCCCAAAUACCGCCAAUAAUAGCAAUAAAGAUAUAACCCAAGAAAAUGCUUUUACAACAACAAUACGACGUAAAUCUCAGGUUACUGAAUUCUUUUGUGUAUCCAAUAUGCUAAUAGUAUUAUUAAUCAAAUUUAUCCUAAUUCAUCUACCAAAUGCUUUAGUUAUUUUUAUAUACACAGUGAAAUUGAUGCAGCACAGAAUAUAUGGAAGUCAUUUCAGUGCAGGAAGAACUGGUAAUACCUCGGAAUUUAUUCCUAUAAUAAGAAACUCGAAUCACACUAUUUUAUUACCUUAUACAGUUAUGGAAUUAGUCAGUGAGUUGGAUCGUGUUAAUUCAGUGGUCAAUGUUAACGAAGCUGAUGCAAAUUUAGUGUGGAUAAGAGUUGUAACUAUUUGUAAUCUUUUAAUUCUAUGCUCAUAUCUGUUAAACUUUUUAAUAUUUUGGACAAUGUCAACACAAUUUCGUGCACAGUUUCGUAGAUUAUUUGAAUGUAAAUUAACAAAACUAUUGUGUCAUAAAACAUAG